GACAUUGGUAUCGACCCACCCACCCAGGCAGGGACUUUAGCUCCACUUCCCGCGGAGGACGCUCACAUUCCACCCGAUCAUUCGCCGCGUUCCUCCGAGCGGAAAAGGGAGGCUGGACAGUAGAAAAGUGUCAGGGGGGGAAAAAAAACAUCCCUUUUUUUGUUGUUGACAGGAUGACCAACAGUUUUUUAAACAUGGCGUCGAUCGGCGACUUCGACCCGCUCAACGCGUCAAUCCCUGCCACCAAAGUUGAAAUCACAGUGUCGUGCAGAAACCUGCUGGACAGAGACACCUUCUCCAAAUCAGACCCAAUUUGCGUCCUCUACACGCAAGGCAUGGGCAACAAAGAGUGGAGAGAGUUUGGGAGAACGGAGGUGAUCGACAACACACUUAAUCCGGACUUUGUGCGCAAAUUCAUUUUGGACUACUUCUUUGAGGAGCGGCAGAACAUUCGAUUUGACUUGUACGACGUAGACUCCAAGAGCGCCAACCUGUCAAAACACGACUUUCUGGGCCAGGCCCACUGUACUCUGGGAGAGGUGGUUGGAUCUUUGGGCAGCCGCUUAGAAAAGCCUCUUGGAGGCAUUGCUGGGAAAAAAUGUGGCACUAUAAUCGUGAAAGCCGAGGAGCUGAACAACUGCAGGGAAUCAGUCAUGGUGCAGUUUUGUGGCAACAAGUUGGACAAGAAGGAUUUUUUCGGCAAGUCCGACCCCUUCCUGGUCUUUUAUAGGAGCAAUGAAGAUGGCACGUUCACCAUCUGUCACAAGACCGAAGUAGUCAAGAACACAUUGAACCCCGUGUGGCAGGCUUUUAAAAUUCCUGUUCGGGCUCUCUGCAAUGGGGAUUAUGACAGAACAAUCAAGGUCGAGGUGUACGACUGGGACAGAGAUGGCAGUCACGACUUUAUUGGAGAGUUCAGCACCAGCUACAGAGAAUUAUCCAGAGGGCAGAGCCAGUUCAAUGUCUAUGAGGUGAUUAAUACGAAGAAGAAAGAAAAAAAGAAAAAAUAUCUAAACUCUGGAACGGUAACACUGUUGUCGUUCCUGGUGGACAUCGAAGUCACCUUCCUGGACUACAUUAAAGGAGGGACCCAGAUUAACUUCACAGUGGCCAUUGACUUCACGGCCUCCAACGGUAACCCCGCCCAGCCCACCUCUCUCCACUACAUGAGCCCCUACCAGCUCAACGCCUACGCCAUGGCCCUGAAAGCAGUCGGGGAGAUCAUUCAGGACUACGACAGUGACAAAAUGUUCCCGGCGCUCGGCUUCGGCGCCAAGUUGCCGCCUGAUGGACGCAUUUCGCAUGAGUUUGCGUUGAACGGAAACCCUCAGAAUCCAUACUGCGCAGGAAUAGAAGGCGUGAUGGAAGCCUACUACCAGAGUUUAAAGUCAGUUCAACUCUACGGGCCCACCAACUUCUCCCCAGUGGUCAACCACGUCGCCAGAUAUGCCGCAUCGAUUAAGGAUGGAUCGCAGUACUUUGUGCUCCUCAUCAUCACUGAUGGCGUCAUCUCAGACAUGGCCCAGACCAAGGAGUCUAUUGUCAACGCUUCCUGUCUGCCCAUGUCAAUCAUCAUCGUGGGGGUGGGGCCUGCGGAAUUUGACGCUAUGAUUGAGUUGGACGGCGAUGAGGUCAGAAUCUCAUCCAGAGGAAGAUAUGCGGAGAGGGAUAUUGUUCAGUUCGUCCCAUUCCGAGACUACAUCGACAGGACGGGCAACCACAUCCUGAGCAUGGCCCGACUAGCCAAAGACGUCCUGGCCGAGAUCCCCGACCAGUUCCUGUCGUACAUGAGGACCCGCGGGAUCAAGCCCGCGCCCGCCCCGCCUCCCUACACGCCUCCAGGACAGCCUCUCCAAACGCAAAUCUGAAGCGGAGGGGGAAGUUAGUGUCCGAGUCGCACAGGAAGCCACUCUUCAUGCCUUACCUGUCGUGGACCCCGGUGGUCGUUCUCAUGUUUUGGAGCAGCCGCAUGCCAGGGCCUGGAAGGGAAAACCCUAAUCUGUUUACUUCCGCUGUCGAGCAUUCCUCCCAACGUCUGGAAUUUUUUGAUUUUCUCAACUUUUAGCCAGGUGGCGUCGCAGGAAAAACAAAGGAGCAGGUUUUGUUUUUUUGCUUUCCAAAAAGAAUGUCCCCAGACAACACUAAGGAAUGAAAAAUAACUCUGUAUAUAAUAAUAUACAUAAUUCUGUCUCACUGUUUACAGUAAGGAUUUUUAAUGUUCAUACUUUUAUACUUCAAGCUUGUGACGUUCUCUCUCUCUCUUUCUCGUUUAGUUGUUUUUUACCCCUGACGUGCGUCAGGCAGCAGCAGUGCAGGUCCCGGUAGCCAGUCCGUACCGUGCCGUGCCGUACUCGACCGUAUCCCUGGUGUUUAUCAACUUUUUUGCAUGAGUGUAGCCUGGAGCACGUGCAUGAAUAUAGCGGCCCUGCACUACCUCUUCCAAACCUACGUCUGUCUGAGGUGGGUGGAGUGUGUAUGAGAGUGUGUGUGUGUGUUGUCUCUCGGUCUGUCAGUCUUCCUUCUAAAAACAAAAACUUUUCUCUCUGCUGUGUUUCCAUCCAUUCUCAUUUUUACUAUUAGUAACCAAUAUACAGUACGCUACACAUGCAGCCUUUAUUUUGCCUUUCAAACAAAAUACCUAUAACUUACGUGCAUAAAUUGGGCAUACAACAAUCAUAUAAAAUGUACUUUUUUUAAAUAUAUAUGUGUUCAUUUAUUACAAGUCCAAUACUUUUGUUUAUCGUUAAUAUAGUAUUAUUAUUCUGUAUUCGGUAUGAACGUUCCAAAAAAAAAAAACAUUCCAAAAAAGCACAACAAAAACAUAUUUUUUAAAUAUUGUAUACUUAAUAAUAUUGAUGUACUCUUAAAAAAUCUUUUUGCCUCAAAUGUGUCACCUUCACUGGUUAAUUUUUAAUUUAAAUUACCAAACAAAAAAUUCUUAACCACAUAUUAAGGUCAACAUACUGCAAAUUAACAUCGCUACUAGUUGUGAAUGCUAAUUUCAUUACAUUAUAUUUAUUUUGUACUGUUAAAAGGUAUUUUCUUAAAAAAAAAAUUAAAAACAUUCUACAAACCGCUAAGUUUUUGCUAAGUAUUUUAUUUUUGAUUGUGGUUUUAAAUUAUAUAUUUAAAACCACGGGCCUUGAAUGGUUAAAUUAAUUUGUUACUGAUAUGCAGUAUAUAUCAGUCACAACAGAACACGACAGAACAUCUUCAGUCAACACAAUAAUGCAUCCAUCUUUAGAACAAAUAAACAUGGAGGACAAAAAUUUUUGGGGGAAAAAUUAAUUAGGGACGGCGUGGCGCAGUGGAAGAGUGGCCGAGCGCAACCCAAGGGUCACUGGUUCAAAUCCCACCUAGAACCAACCUCGUCACGUCCGUUGUGUCCUGAGCAAGACACUUCACCCUUGCUCCUGAUGGGUGCUGGUUAGCGCCUUGCAUGGCAGCUCCCUCCAUCAGUGUGUGAAUGUGUGUGUGAAUGGGUAAAUGUGGAAGUAGUGUCAAAGCGCUUUGAGUACCUUGAAGGUAGAAAAGCGCUAUACAAGUACAACCCAUUUAUCAUUUAAUUAUCACCUAUACGUAUAUAUGUAUAUAUAUAUAUAUGUAUAUAUAUAUAAUUUUGGUGAUAUGUUCAAAAGAUAAAAAAAAAUGUUUUUGAUUACACUGCAAAUUAUUUGCCACUUUGCCCAAAAAAAACCUUAACUUUCUAAAAAGUUGUUUUUUUUAAUUGUGGUUUUAAAUUGUAUUUUUAAUUCCUGUUCCCUUAAAUUAAUUAGUGAAUGAUACGUAGUAUAUUGCACACAUCCUGCUCUGUAAUAUUCCUUGAAAACACGACUGAAAAUCUUUGAGUUAGUACAAAAAAUGCAUCUAUUUUUUACACUAGUAGGUCUACAAAGAAAAAAUAUAUAUAUUAUUGUGUUGAUAUGUCCAUAAAAUUAAAAAAUUGUGUUUGUACAAACAAAAAAACAGCAAUUUUGAAUUCAAAUUACAAAUAUUUUAUGAUAAAAACUUGUGUUUUACAUUAGGGACAUAAUCUUUCAAGUAUACACUGCAAAUUAUUUGCCACUUGCCAUGAUUUAACAUUUUAUUUCCGGGAAUUUCCCUAGUUUUAAGAGCUACCGUAUUUACUUAUUAUUAAUCAUCGGCAAAUCCUAAAUUUAGCAUUAAUAAAAUAAAUAUGUCAAGAUCAAACUGUCAAUCAAGAAAAUAACUAUACAGAUAACAUAUUUUGGUUUUCCCCCACGGAGAAAAUUGUGUUUAAAUAUUCUGCAACGUCUCGAAGUUGUUUAAUUUAACAAUUACUUAAAACACUUGUUUUCAGAAUAAAAUACCUUAGUACAUCCUCAAAGUCCUACUAAUUUCUAGAUAAUUAUACAAAUCUCCAUUUAGGAUGUCCUAUCAGGUAAAAUGAUCCAUCUAUGCAGCCAGUGCAUUUCACUAGUUUUUAGUAUUUUAUUCCUAAAAUCCAGUCUUAUCUUAUUAUUUGACAGCUUUUUUUGCAGUCAACCUAUUGUUUGUGUUGUUUUUGCCUUCUAAACACUACAAAAUCUCUUAAAUUAAUUAAGUCUGCACUUUUCCACAAUUAACUUUAAAAUACAAUUUAUUAAUAUAUGACCUAGAGCAACAGUGACCAAACUGUGUGCUGCUGAUAUUUUCAAAUUGGCCGGCAAGACGUCAUGAGUUUAGUAAGAAAUCUUGCCUGCAGGGGGAGUGCAAUGAUCUUAAAAGUUUUAGGUUUUUUAUGAAUCUUUACAUGUCAACAUCUAGUGGAAAACAUGAGUUUUUCCUGGUCAAUGACCUUGUAUUAUGAACUGAAACGGCAGCAUGUAUUCAUAUGGCCCAAAGCAAACAACCUUCCCUAGUCAUGGUGAAAAAAAAAUAUUCCAACCAACACAAAAUGUUAAAAGACAUGGUCACUGAACUUUUCGGAUAUUAUAAAAACGUGUGUCUGUGUGUGUAUUUACUGUUGUGAUCAAAAUUAUUUAACCCCAACACAAGUCGGACAUUCAUUCCGUAUUUUGUUUAUAAUCAUGUCAAAUAAAUAUGUGUCAAAUAGAACAAAUUCAACUUAAAUUGUAACACUGUAUUUUACAAAAUACCAAAAAAGGACAUUUUUCUUAAUAUCUCAUUGACAAAAUGAUUCAACCCCCUAGUUACAUGCAUCUUUAGUACUUAGUAGAACACCCUUUGGCAGUAAUGACAUCCUUCAAAGGUGAUUCAUAACUUCUUGCAACCAUCUACACGUAUUUUAGCCCAUUCCUCUUGGGCAAAGGCCUCCAGUUCAUUCAUGUUCUUGGGCUUGCGUGCUGCAACUGCCUUCUUCAAGUCCCACCACAGGUUUUCUAUAGGAUUUAGGUCUGGCGACUGUGAAGGCCACUCCAGAGUCUUCCAGCCCUUCUUCUGCAACCACUCUGCAGUUGAUUUGGAGGUAUGCUUGGGAUCGUUGUCCAGUUGGAAGGUCCAACGUCUCCCAAGCCUCAGCUUCCUCACUGACUUCAUGACAUUUGCAGCUAAUAUAUCCUGCUAGGAAAUAGAAUUCAUAAUGCCUUGAACGCGCUGGAGAUUCCCGGUACCUGAGGCAGAGAAACAGCCCCAGAGCAUGAUUGACCCCCCCACCAUGCUUAACAGUAGGCUAGGUGUUCUUCUCUUUGUAAGCUUCAUUUUUUCUCCUCCCGACAUAACGUUGAUUUUAUAGGCCCAAAGAGUUCCAGUUUUGUCCCAUCACUCCAUAGAACAGUUUCCCAAAACCUUUGGGGUUUGUCCAGAUGAUUUUUGGCAUACUGGAGUUUAUUUUCUUGUGCCUGGUAGUCAGAAGUGGGGUGCGCCUGGGAGUCCUGGCAUGGAGGCCUUCAUCUCGUAGUGUGCGCCUUAUUCUCUGGGACGAAACCUGCGUUCCCCCCUCUGCAAUGUCCUGUUGUAGUUCCUCAGCUGUUACCCGGGGGUUUUUCACCACUGUACACACACAGCAUCCUCUUCCUACCAGGCCCAGGUAGUGUUUCCACUGUUUCCCUUUAGCUUUAAACUUGCGAAUUAUGCUCCCAACUGUGUCUCUUGGAAUGUGUAAUGUCUUUGCUAUUUUCUUAUAUCCAUAUCCUUUCUUAUGAAGAGAAAUUACUUCCUCUCUUGACUUCUUUGACCACUCCCUGGACUUCACCAUGUUGCAAAUACACCAUUGACCAUCUACAAGAAGCUGAGCGUCACAGUCUUUUUCAAUCAGUUUAAUUGUUGCUCGUUAUGGUUCUAAUCACAUCUACAGGUGUUUUCAACACCUGAUUGAAAAGACAUUAUUCAAAUUCGGUUCUUCAAGGGGUUGAAUAAUUUUGUCAAUGAGAUAGUAAGAGAAAUUACACUGUUUGGUAUGUUACAAAAUAUAAUGUUGUAAUUCAAGUUGCAUUUGUCUAUUUAAUGCAUCUUUAUUUGAUAUGACUAUAAACAAUAUAUGGAAUAAAUGUCCUUCUUGCUAAAAAUCCAAAAUUGUGUGGGGGUUGAAUAAUUCCCCUCCCAAAAAUCUACCAUGUGCAUAGUUACUAUUUUUAAAACGUGUACUAAAAACUCAAGGACAGUCUUAAAUCCAAAUGACAAUUUUUUGUCACUCGUUUAUUUGUUAACGUAUAUCUUACAUCGUGUUUUUAAGGCCCUUUUCCCACAAUGAAUCAGAAUCAGAAUCAUGGAAACACAGCGACUCUCAGUCUCUGUCCCUUCUCGGCCUUGGCAGUGAUGCCCACUUGCUCGGGGGUGUGUGUCUGUGUGUACGUGUGUGUGUGUGUGUGUGUGUGUGUGAAAAAGUGGUCUUAACAUCAUGUUUGAAACAGACAGCAGCUACUCUCAAACGCUGUUUGAGUAUAAAGAGCCCAGUGGUCAAAAAUGCUAAGAAAAUAUACAUUUUGUCCAUUCGUGGCUUUUGGAUUAGAGUUAGUGUAUUUUUGAGCGAAGACUGUGUGUGAAACGUGGAUUAUCAAAAUGUUGCAUUUAAAAAAAAAAAAAAAAGGUUUUGAGGAUAUGUGAAUGAGAAACAAAUAAUAUAUUUUGCAGUAUUGAUUUGAACUGAAGUCCCCUCUCCUAAUGUGAAAGAUCACUUUACUAUUGUGAAGAGUAAUGAUUUUAAAGACUGCUUUAUUGACCUAGCAUUUGUAGCACUUUGUGUGGAAUGAAGAACCUUUGCAUGCUUUUCUACUGUAGCGGAGUGCCUGCACGUGUUUGUCUUCGGCCUUGUAGUCACACGCUGCGUUCGAGGCAUAGCUGGACAACAUCAUUAGGACCGCAGGUCAAAACAAGAGUGCUCAUUAAAACUCAAGGCACAUGUCUGUUUUUUUUUUUUUUAGGCGUGGAGACAGGUGGGGAGACCUUAGAGCAGGGGUGUCCAAACGUUUUCUACUGAAGGCCGCGUAUUGAAAAAUCAAGAAUAAUUGUAACCUUUAGGGCUAUGCUUAUGUUUAGUCCCAGGGACUUGGCAGGGUUUCUCAGUCAUAACACAUUUGAAAAUAAGUCACAUAUUAUUUUGAUUUUUUUAAUUCAAACCUUAAAUCUCUGAUAUAAUUUAGAUUUGUAUUCUUUUUUUUUCUUUUUUUGGGAAGAAUGACAGUAAAAAGAAAAUCCAACUCAAAUGAUUUAGGAUCCAAAAGGGUCCCACUCAAAAAAAGUGUUAAAAAAACACUCAUUCUUUUUUUUCUUUUUUUUUUAACUUUCAACACUAAAGUCUCUACAUCAAUUUCAGAUUUCUCCAUUAAUUACAAGUUUAUAUUAUUUUCACGUUUUUUUUAUUUUUUAUUUAUGCAUGUUUUGUGAAAGAAAAGGCGCACAAAACACCUUUUCUUUCACAAAAAUAUUUUGGGGGGAAACAUUUGCAAUACUUUCCCCACAAAAUAUUUGAUUAAAAAUAAUUGGAGCCUUAAAUAGGUCAACAAUUCAUUACCAAAUGUUUUUAUUUUAUUUUAUUAUUAUUAUUAUUUUUGCACAAUGACAAUUAAAACAAAAUCCCAGUAAAAUUCUCGGGGAACCAAAGCGAUCCACUCACAAAUGUGUUCAAAAUAAGUCUUAUUUUUAUUUUUAUUUUUUUCAACACUUAAGUCUCUAGUUAAACUUCACAUUAUUCCAUCAAUUUAACAAAGGGUUUUUUUUUCAUGUUUUUUGUUUGUUUUUGGCCUUUUUUCUUAAAAAAUAAAAUUGCAAACACAGGUCAACUUCACAUUUAUCCAUCAAUUAAAUAGUUCUUAAUGUUUUUUGUAUGUUUUAUGCGUCUUUUAUCAAAGAACACUUUUUUUCUAUAAGCAAACACAUAACAUAUUUAAAACUUUCCUCAAAAUAUUUAAUAGUGGAAUAUUUGAUGUGAAGUAAUCGGAGCCUAGGUUAAUAAUUUAGAACAACAUUCAUAUUAAUUAAUUUUAAUUUUUCGAAACAAUGACAGAUUUUUUUAAAAAUCCCACAAAAAAUCUCGGGGAUCCAAAAGGGUCCCACUCAUAAAAGUUUUCAAAAAUAAUUUUUUGUUUUACUUUCCACACUUAAGUGUAUGGAUCAACUUCAAAUAUUUCCAUCGAUUUAUCCAAGUUUUUGUUUUUUUUUAUGUGUUUUGGGGUAUUUUUGGCCCCGUUUUUUCAAAAAAUAACUUUUUUAUAUGGCAAACACAAAAUAUUCAAUAUUUUCCCCAAAAAUAUUUAAAAGUGGAAUAUUUGAAGUGAAAUAAUUGGCCCCUUGAAAAGGACAAUAAUUCAUAUCAAGAUUGAUUUUGAUUUAUUAAUUAUUUUUUGAGGGAUGCCUGUUAAAAAAAAAAAAACGCCUGAAUGACCCUUUUGUGUUAUUACGGUCAACAUUGCAACUUUUUCUUUUAAUUUGUUUAUAAUAUUUUCAAAAUGUGCCGCGGACCAUUAAAACCUUAGUUGCGGGUCGCAAAUGGCCCUCGAGUUUGGACACCUCUCCCUAAGACUUAACCUGCGCCAGUCUCCUGUUGACAACUCGCUCAAUACAAGUAGGCAUCUAUUAUUCAUGAUUUUAUUUUGAAAGCUCUCACCAAGGCAUUUAAGCAGCGGUAUUGGAUAGCCAGGAAACCACAAAUCAACAUGCGGUUAUGCAUAUAAAUCAAGUUUGCCGAAAUAAACUGGGAGUCACAUUGAGACUUGAGUGGCACAAAUGGAAAAUCAGAUGCCAAACACGUCAUGUUUUAACUUUUUCUUUAUCCAUUCCUGCCAGGUCUGGUGUACUUUGACAAGAAUUUAGUAGGAUAUCAUACAAAAACAUGUGACUAUAAUGUAGCACUAAAAAAUAGGGCUGUGCCGUUCAGUAUCCACCGAUUAUCCUGAAAAUGUACGUCAUCGCUUACGAAUGUCUUUUAAUGCCGACCUCUGGCUGACAAUUCCCUAAGAUAAUAAAUAAACUGCAUUUUUUUAAGUAUUUAAAGUAUCAUUAAAGGCCUACUGAAAUGCGAUUUUCUUACUUAAACGGGGAUAGCAGGUCCAUUCUAUGUGUCAUACUUGAUCAUUUCGCGAUAUUGCCAUAUUUUUGCUGAAAGGAUUUAGUAGAGAACAUCGACGAUAAAGUUCGCAACUUUUGGUGCUAAUAAAAAAGCCUUGCCUGUACCGGAAGUAGCAGACGAUAUGCGUGUGACGUCACGGGUUGUGGAGCUCCUAACAUCUGAACAUUGUUUACAAUCAUGGCCACCAGCAGCUAGAGCGAUUCAGACCGAGAAAGCAACAAUUUUCCCAUUAAUUUGAGCGAAAAUAAAAGAUUUGUGGAUGAGGAAAGUGAGAAUGAAAGACUAGAAAAAAUUUAAAAACAGAUGUCAUUAGACAAAUUUACUAGGAUAAUUCUGGAUACUUGAUCAUUUCGCGAUAUUGCCAUAUUUUUGCUGAAAGGAUUUAGUAGAGAACAUCGAUGAUAAAGUUCGCAACUUUUGGUGCUAAUAAAAAAGCCUUGCCUGUACCGGAAGUAGCAGACGAUAUGCGUGUGACGACACGGGUUGUGGAGCUCCUAACAUCUGAACAUUGUUUACGAUCAUGGCCACCAGCAGCUAGAGCGAUUCAGACCGAGAAAGCAACAAUUUCCCCAUUAAUUUGAGCGAAAAUAAAUGAUUUGUGGAUGAGGAAAGUGAGAAUGAAAGACUAGAAAAAAUUUAAAAACAGAUGUCAUUAGACAAAUUUACUAGGAUAAUUCUGGAAAAUCCCUUAUCUGCUUAUUGUGUUACUAGAGUUUUAGUGAGAUUAUAUAGUCGUACCUGUACAACCUGAAGGUCGUCCCCGCACCUUUGUCCAGCACCAGUCGACAGGUGGUGGCGAUGCCCAUCUCUGCUCUUCGCAAGGGACCCUCUUCAAAACACGACAUUUCGAAAUGAUCGCUGCAUAAUACACUGUACUUUGUGUGUGUGGUCCAAUCCAACCGUGUGCGCUUGACGGCUCUGUUGCAUAGUAAAGCUUCACCGUCAUCUUUCAGGAAUGUAAACAAUGAAACACCGGCUGUGUUUGUGUUGCUAAAGGCGGCCGCAAUACGCCGCUUCCCACUUACGGCUUUCUUCUUUGACGUCUCCAUUAUUCAUUGAACAAAUUGCAAAAAAUUCAGCGACACAGAUGUCCAUAAUACUGUGGAAUUAUGCGAUGAAAAGAGACGGCUUAUAGCUGUGAACGGUGCUGGAACAAAAUGUCCUCUACAAUGCGUGACGUCAUAUUAUACCGCGACGUUUUAGCAUGAUACUUCUGCGCAAAAUUUAAAAUUGCAAUUUAGUAAACUAAAGCGGCCGUAUUGGCAUGUGUUGCAAUGUUAAUAUUUCAUCAUUGAUAUAUAAACUAUCAGACUGCGUGGUCGGUAGUAGUGGGUUUCAGUAGGCCUUUAAGAAAUCUAGAUAUUUAUCACAGAUGUUUAUCUAUUUUAUGGAGGAAUGGAGUUAAUCAUAGAACUAAUCAUAGACUCCAUCCAUCUUCUUCCGCUUAUCAGAGGUCGGGUCGCGGGGGCAGCAGCCUAAGCAGGGAAGCCCAGACUCUCCUCUCCCGAGGCGUUCCACCCAAUGUUAUUAAAAAAAAGUACUCAUUUUGAAUCGAGAAUCAAUUUUGAAUGGAAUCUUUAGCCGAAUGGAAUCAUGUGGUGCCCAAAGAGUCACAGCCCUACUAGCUCUUCAUAACACCUUUUUUGAAUAUAUGUUUUCCAAAACAAAUUCGACUAAAUUCUUGCGGCAAUGACUCUCAUUUCUUUGCGAGCGAGUGUCAAAGUGCGAGUGUGAGUUGACUGAAGGAGUGAACCACGUCCUGUACGUUCAGUGACGGACCGUUCGUUUACUGAAAAGCUAUCCAAAUAUGAUAUUGUGCGCUCGUCAUAUCUUCUGAAACAUGUGCACUAUGUUUGCAUGUACAGUUUUACAAAGGAUGCACCAGUUCAUGUUUUUGUUUUAUAUAUAUAUAUAUAUAUAUAUAUAUACGGGGGAAAAAAAGUGUGUUUUGAAUUUAUAUAUGACUCGACUUAACUGUACAAAAAAAAAAAUGGCCUUAACUCACAGAUUAUUGUGCAAAUUGUGCGAUGCCUUCUUGAGAGAAACGUAUUGUUUCCAGGAAUUAUCUCGUGUCGGUGUUUCUAUUGUGUUUCUUUUCUUUGCCGGGGAGGGGGUCGUCAUUUUUUGGGGGGGGACCUUGCGAUUAAUCCGAACGCAUGGCUGAAUACUGAUUGUCUUAUAUUCCAUAUCAUAAAUGACUAUUUCUGUAUUGGACGAUUGAUUUUUCAAUAAAUAUUCGUAUGGCAGCGCUUAAGUGCCUUUUUCAAGAACACAUGGUGUGUCAGCUGACUCCGCGGAAAUGUAAACGACUCAAAAGUACCAAAAAUAAUAGAAAAGCGCGAUAUAUUAUCUAAUCCAUUCUUAUUAUUAUUAUAAAGUCUGCCUGUGUGAAGUUGGACUCCCUUAUUAGUGCACAUGUUCAAAUAACACUGCCCUGUCUUUGUAUUAUCUAACUAUUAUACUUAGUAUGUUAAUGUUUUAUAGUUUAUUUUGUUAUUAACAUGUCAUUAAAGUACUAAUAGUCAUAACCAGCCCCACCACCUCAAA